UCAUUGCAACAGUGUCAUUCAUUGUUCUGUUACAAAGUACCCUUCGCUCAUGGGUGCCCACAGGAGGGGUUAUAGUUGUUUAAAUACAUUAAAACAUUUAUAUGUUUGUGCUUACAAUUAAAUUGUGUGUUAUAAACUAUUCAUUAAAUGUCUAUACAGUUUAGAAAUGCUAAAUAGAGGCACUUAAAGUACAGUGUUGCCAUUAACUCUUGCUAGAAUAAGAAAGAAGGAAAUAAAGUCACAAAAGCGAGACAGACACUGAAGAUAAACCUUCAACAUUUGUCGUGUAGAUGCCUUGGCUGAGAUGAGUGUGAAGGCUUUUGAGCUAGUCCCCGCUGUGGAGCGAGAUCUCCUCAUGGGCGACAAAGCUCGCAUCAACAUCGAAUGCAUUGAAUGCUGUGGAAAGCACUUGUAUGUUGGCACCAAUGACUGCUUCAUCCACCACUUUCUGCUGGAUGAAGUCUCUUCAUCCAAAGGGAAGCUGAGUUACUCAUCUCAGAAGCUGUUGCACAAAUACCUGGGCCUCAAGAAACCAGUUGCUGAGCUGCGGGCUGCUUCUGCUUUGGAGCGUCUGAUAGUGCUUUGUGAUGGAAUAGCGUUCCUCAUUGACAUGGUGACAUUGGAGACUGUGCCCUCGGCGGCAGGAGGUGGAGCCAAGAUCAGAGGUGUGACAGCGUUCUGCAUUAAUGAGAACCCAGUGAACGGUGACCCGUUCUGUGUGGAAAUGGGUGUACUCUCCUCCAAGCGGCGAACGGUGCAGAUUUACAUGGUGUAUGAGGACAGAGUCCAGCUGGUCAAAGAGGUGACAACUCCUGAGCAGCCCUGUGCUGUCAGUCUUGACGGUUACUUUUUGUGCCUGGCACUCACUACACAAUACAUAAUCCUGAAUUACAACACAGGAGCCUCCCAAGACCUCUUCCCUUAUAACAGUGAAGAGAGGAGACCCAUUGUGAAGAGGAUCGGCAGGGAGGAGUUCCUCUUAGCAGCACCUGGUGGUCUGGGAAUGUUUGCCAAUGCAGAGGGGGUAUCUCAGCGGGCUCCAGUCAACUGGUCAGAGAGCGUGAUUGGUGCCGCUGUGUGUUUUCCCUAUGUGGUGGCGCUGGAUGAGAACUUCAUCACCAUCCACAGCAUGUUGGACCAACAGCUAAAACAGACCCUUUCGUUCAGGGAUGGACACAUUCUGCAAGACUUUGAAGGGAAGGUCAUUCUAGCCUCCACUAAGGCAGUGUAUGUCCUGGUACCCCUGCCGCUGGAGAGACAGAUCCAAGACUUGCUGGCCAGUCACAGAGUGGAAGAGGCGCUCACCCUCACAGAGGGAGCACAGAGAAAUAUUCCCAAAGACAAGUUCCAGAUUUUGCACAAAAGAAUCCUCCAGCAGGCAGGUUUCAUACAGUUUGGCCAACUUCAGUUUCUAGAAGCAAAAGAACACUUCAGGAAGGGUCAACUGGAUGUGCGGGAGCUGAUAUCUCUCUAUCCACUACUGCUGCCAGCUUCCUCUUCAUUCACACGCUGCCACCCUCCCCUCCACGAGUUUGCAGAUCUCAACCACCUGGCACAAGGUGACCAGGAAAAAGUGCUGCGAUGCAAGAAAUUCCUUAUCAGUUAUUUGGGAGAGGUACGAAGCACAGAGGUGGCAAAUGGCUGUAGAGAGGACGUGGACACAGCACUGUUAAAGCUAUAUGCCGAACAGGAUCACGAGAGCCUUCUAGACCUGCUAGCUUCAGACAAUGCCUGCCUGCUGGCAGACAGUGUGCCAUGGCUAGAAAAAUAUCACAAAUAUUUUGCACUUGGGCUGCUCUAUCAUUAUAAUGGUAAGGAUUCAGCAGCACUUGAGUUGUGGAUUCGCGUGGUAGAUGGGGAUCUGCAGGACUCAACAAGAUCUGACCUUUAUGAGUACAUUGUGGACUUUCUCUGCUCCUGCUCCAGUCUGGACCUUGUUUGGAAGUAUGCAGACUGGGCCAUGCGGAAGGAUCCCACCAUAGGCGUCCACAUCUUUACUAAGAGGUCUGUCAGUAAGGACCAGUCACAAUUGAAGCCUGACGAUGUCAUCACUUACCUGGAAAAGCACAGCCAGGCUCUGCUUCUCUACUUGGAACACCUGGUGCUUGAAAGAAAAAUACAGAAAGAGAAGUUCCACACACACCUGGCUGUGUUGUACCUGGAGAGGGUCUUGCCACUUCUGUCACAGUCGCCAACAGAUGAAGACCAGCUAACCAGAGCCAGAGACAGGCUCCAAGCCCUGCUCAGGGAGUCCAACCUAUACCGUGUACAGUUUCUUUUAGGUAAGCUGGAGAACUGUGAACAACUGCUGCUAGAGCGUGCAACACUACAUGGAAAACUGGAGGAGCAUGAUAAAGCACUGCACAUUUUGGUGCACAAGCUCGGAGACUUCCCGUCUGCUGAGGCCUUCUGUAUAUGGGCCUCGUCUUGUCGGGAUUCUGCGUACCGACAGCAGCUGUUUCAUCUGCUCUUGGGGGUUUAUCUAGAUGGGAACCUUCCUGGAAAAUCCCAGACAGCAGCAGGAGGUGGCAGUGGAGACCUGGAGAUGGCAGCAGUGGACCUCCUAAAUCGACACGGCGAGGUGUUCGACGCAGUCCGUGUCCUUCGCAUGCUCCCCGAAGGCUGGUCAAUGCAGCUGCUGCGGCCCUUUCUGAGUCGAGCUGUCAGGGCCAGUAUGCAUGCCUGCCGCACCUCCCAGAUUGCUCUGGGGCUAGCCCACUCUGAAAACCUUCAACUGCUGCAUGACAGGUUGAAAGAGCGUAAGAAACCCAUCUUUGUGUCUGAAAAGAAGGGAUGCCACCUGUGCCACAACACCUUCAGGGAGCCUGAUGUGGUGUGUCUGCCAGGUGGAGUGCCUGUCCAUACUCACUGCAUCGCCCAGAGAGUAAGAGACUCUCCCACAAAGAGACGGUUAACUAAUAGCAGUAACCAUACAUGAGACUUGACCCUUCAACCUGUCAUGUGAUCUGCGAUCGGAGGCACCAAACCAAAGCAGGAUGUGCUGAGAUUGGUGAUGGCUGAGGACUGAGGGGCUUAAAAAAUAAAAAGCACAGAACACAUUUCCAUAGUGGAAUCUGCUAUGGAGCCAAUGUGAAACACAAAGAAAGCUGUGCGCGUGUGUAUGCGUGUGAGGGGGAAACAAAUGAUUUCAGCUAUUUACUCAUACACUGCAAUUAUACCACACCUUCAGACUGCCAGUUUUAAAGCAGUAAAUGGCAACAGCUAAGUCACCCUGCCCUUUAAUCCAUUUAAACAGAGAACUGAUUAAAGACGGGCUCCUGUCCUUUUCUGUGGGUUCA